GUUGGCGCCGUCAUCUGUCAUGUUAAAUUAAACUAUUUGUUGAAUGUUUAUGUGUACACUUUAUAAUUAUCAUGCUAUUAAAAUAAGUUAUAAAUAUUUUUGAUAAUAGGCAGAGGAAAUUCAAUUUCUUGAAUUUUUCUGCCUCUUUAGAAAAGCAAAAUUUUGGAAAGGAACUUAACCUUAAAAAAUUAGACGCUGUCAAAUAAAAAAACAUUUGAUUAACAUUUUGGUAAAAAUGGUUUUUUAUAACUAAAAACAUCAGCACGCAAAAUGUGGCCCCUGCUACUUGAUAUGACUAAAGAAGAGUCAAUUCAGAACUUAAGGAACUUGGAACUAGAAGCAUAUUCCAAUUUAGUUUCGGCUCUAAGGGCCCAAGGCCCUCUUAAUCCGGAUAAGCGUAAAUUAUUGAAAGAUACAGGUUAUGUUUUAAAUAUAACCCAGGAGAGGCACAAAGCUGAAGUGAGAAGAGCCAUAAGCGAUGAAAAGUUAAAUACAAUAGCAUAUCAUAUUACUGGUCAUAACGAUUCUUUGGAAGAUUGGACACAAGAAGGGCGUCGAAUAGUACCUCUUUUACCUAGAGCACCACCCCAAACGAUCUAUUCAGCUUUAGCAAAUGAUGCUUCUGAAUCUGCUAGUCAAUCUAAUAAAAUGUUACCAUUGCCAGUUAAUACAGAGAGAAAAAGACCAAUUAUUAUGCCUGUAACUGCUGCUGUGGUACCAGAAACCAGUAAAAGUGCUUCAUUUAGAAUCCCUGAGCCCCCAAAGGCAGAAGAAAGUAAGAAAAAGAAAUUGGCUGGUACUGCAGACAAUGCUAGUUUUACACAGCAUCUUUUGGCACCUAAAUUGUGUAAAAUCCAGCAGUUAUACAGGCAACGGUCCAAACCAAAAACGAAGGAACUAAUAAAAAAAUCAGAACAUGGUCACUUAGACAUGUUGCAGCAACACAGAAUAAUACAAUCCAUUCCUCAAACUGCCAGUUGUUCUUCCCCGCAAUCGCAAUACAUCAACCAAAGAGUGAAUGUACUUCAAAACAUAAUUGUGCAACCUAUCAAAGAAGAGUUAGCAGACCGCGACGAGACUGAGCUUACCAAUUUAAAAAUGCCCGAUCGUCCCGCAAUUCCACCAAUUCCAGUGUGUUCGAACGAAAAUCAGGCGCCUAAACCUAAAAUAAUAACAAAUAUAAAACCAAAUACGAGUAUAACGAUCAAACAUACUUCCCCGCAAUCAGCUGGAUCGAGUACUGAGCCCCAAAAGACCAUCAAGAUGUGCCCCGCUAAGAAACCCGUUACGAAAACCUUGAAUUCCGGUCAAAAGUUAAUCGUCGUUUCUAGUGCUCAAACGAUACCGUCUAGCAGUAUUUUGCAGGGAGCAUUGCAAAUUCCAUUCAGUAAAAAUAUCUCUAUUAAAAAUUUCGAGAAAUUUAAAAUCGUUACCAGCAACUCCACGCCGACCAACCUUCAACUCACCAACGUGACCAAUUCCGGCGUCAAUUCCGUGAAACAUAAAGUGGUUACGGUCAAAAAUAAUCCCGCUUCGAAGAAGGUCAUACCGUUUUCGCAGCUCCAAGUGCUGAAUUCGAAAGGUAGCAUCAAAGUUUUGCCGCUCGGUGGUAAGAUCGUGAGUAAAUCCGUGUCGGGAAAUCCCUCUCCCUUGUACAUCGUCAAUACGACACAACAAAUAACUAAAGUCACUCAUACGCCACAGAUUAUAACUACCAGCAAACUUCAAGACAAGUCUGAGAUUAAAAUAGUGGAAGGUCCAAGUGAGACUUGUAGCAAUGCGCUCUCUAGUAGGGAAAACGGAAAAUCAUCAGUGUUGGAAGACAUUCUUAAAGCUUCAGGUGUAAUAUCUGAAGAAAAUGCUGCAGAGGAUUAUGAUGCUAAAAUUGAGGAAUUUCAUAUUCCUCAGGUGAAAGGGAAUGUUGUGGAGAUGGAAUGUGAUGUCAACAGUGUAGUGAUUGAGGAUAGGAGGAAUGAAUUGAAUUACAUUGACAGUACAAUUGAGCAAAAAAUGGUCAUGGAAGAAAAUAUUGUUGAUGAAACGGUAGUGACGCAAAAACUGGAGAUACCAACAAGCGAUUUAGUCAAAUCUGAACAUGUAUUACAAUUGAACAUGUCUGAAGAGAUAACAACUGAAGAAGUUCCUAUAGAUAUGAUGGACAUAACAGAAUCUAAAAUUAGUGAUACAGAGUGCAACUGAUAUUUAUUAUUUAAUUUAAAAUUGUAUUUUUUUUUCCUUGUACAGUGUGUUCAUUUAGAGCUUUCUUAUUCAUUUUAAAAACGUCAAUUGUUUCAUUUCGGAUUUUCUUUUUAAGUUUUUUGGUAUUAUCGUAAAAUUUAGCACUAAAUGGCUGCCCUGUAACGUUGUAUGUUUCGCUAGACCACUUGUUUACGUGGUACUUUGUUUUUAAAUGAUCAUGUUUUUAUAUAUUUGGUUGUUUUUUUUUUAUCUCUAUUUAGAAGUGUUUAGAGAAUAAAUGUUUGCUCAAUCCAACAAUUGAUAUGUUUAUUAAUUGUUUUUAAUUUGAGACAUGUCAUUAUAUUUAUUUUAAAUUAUGCAGUCCAAACGAUUUGUGGCUAUUCAUGGUACAUAUAAAUAUUUAUAUACAUA